AUGCGGUCGAAUAUUAAACGUGUUGUACUUAAACGUUCCCAAUUAGAACAGUAUAAAAGCAAAUCAUUAGUCGGACACUGGGUAUUGGUUACAGAAUCGUUCGAAGAUUUACAAAAAGAAAAUGAUAAGUCUUCGAAACAGGAUCGUGGAUGCAGUGAUGAAAGUAGCGUCAGCACGAGAUUCACGACCGGAAACGUGACGGUCAGACCGGGCUCGGCGGAAGGAUUUCUGGACAUUUCGGGUGGUGGAUACUUGCACGUGGAAGGCGAACGUUUCGACGGCGGCGGACCGUUCGAUCGGGUGAGCACCGUGAACGCGGACGACAAUCUUCUGCGACUGGAGUCGUUUCACACGUUCAAGUCUGUCCGGCGACUGAGCUUGCGUCGCAACCGUUUGAAAUCCGUCAGACCUAUUGACGGUGAUUUGGCAGAAACAUUAAUCCGUCUAGACGUUUCAGAAAACCAACUGAAUCCAGACGACAUAUACCGCUUGUCUAUGUCAAAACUAGAAGAACUUUAUAUGUUGGCCAAUAAUCUGACGGUUAUCCCCGAGAGCAUUACAAAUUGUCAUUGCUUCUUGUCGCUUAAACUUCUAGACUUGAGCGACAAUUACCUGUCAUGUCCCAGGACGCUCUAUAUGUUGUCGACUCUGCACAAUUUGCAAGAAUUGAUCAUGAGCAAUAACCGAAUAUCGUAUAUACCCUAUUUGAUAGCGAAACAGGAAGCUGAUAAUUCAAAUGGCGACAAUAAAACAGAAGCUUAUCAGGACGAAGAGGACAUAGAAAACAACAAAAGUGAUGAUACAAAAAAGAUAAUUUAUCAGGUACAUCAUAUUCCAUUUGUCAGUCUAAACACAAUAAAUUUGUCGAACAAUUUGAUAGCUCACAAUUCUUCGGUGAUUCCGUUAGUUUGUUGGCCAUCAUUGAAGAAUGUUAUAUUAACGGCAAAUAACAUUAGUCUGAAGAAAAAUUUGAUAGAAUUCAAAAAUUUGUCAUCAACCCUAAGUGUGUUUAAUAUUAAAAUCAAACGAUAG